UUGAACUCGUUCGCGGGAGUUGAUCAGGAAGUGACGCUGUAGCGUGAGCGGCGGAGUCUGAAGUGUUUACGGUGUUGUUUGGAUUUUAAAGUGUUUUUAAUCAUUUUUUGGGGUGUUUAUGAUGGAUUCGGUGUCGGGCAGCAGCGCGGCUUUCGCAGAUAAGCCGGUGAAUCGGAUGCAGGUCUGCAGAGCCGAGUACCGAGCGAUUGGGCGAUUCGUGGAGCAGCUGCGACCCACAAGGCAGUGCAUGAAGACACUGCAGACUCAGUUCCCACAUCUUCCUCCGUCCACUCUUCUGAGCAUCUUCUCCCAGGAGUACCAGAAGAGGAUGAAGCGCAGCAUGGUGAGGCAUCACGCUCCUGACGUGCUCAAAGCAUAUUAUCAGAGGUACCGCAGCGAAGCCCAGACUCGUCCUACAGCCCCGCUUCUGCUGGAGCUCGCCAACCAGGUGGACCUGUCUCCGGCUCUCCUGGCUCGUCUGAUCGUGGAGUGUUUUCUGGAGGAGCGCGCGGCUUCAGUCCCUUCCAGACACGUCCUCAACAACAUGCUGCGCGAGCCGUAUUUAAUUCCAGACCUGCUGUUAGCGAAGCACGUCGAGCAGCUCUGUGGAGUUUGUCCCUAACCGUGUUCCCGCAGUGCCAUCGGUCUGGAGCACGAGGACCUGCUGCGGGACAAACUCAGGGAGAGGAACCUGUCCUUCUUAGAUGAGAACCAGCUCCGUGUCAAAGGCUACGACAAAACCCCGGACAUCAUUCUGGAGGUGCCUAUAGCUGUUGAUGGCCAUUUAGUUCACUGGAUUGAGAGCAAAGCUUCAUUUGGAGACGAGCACAGCCAUCACACGUACCUUAACGAGCAGUUCUGGAGCUACUGCAACAGGUUUGGUCCCGGUCUGGUCAUCUACUGGUACGGGUUCGUAUCUGAGCUGGACUGCCAGCGGGGCCGAGGGAUCCUGCUGAGAGACGGCUUCCCCUCGGACAUCGUAACCCUGAGCCGAGUCUGACCCGUCACGGGGCCGUGAUGUGAGUCCGGAAGCAAUUUAUCUUUCCUGCAGCGUGAGACUCCUGGCCAACAUCUGCUGUGAACUCCGGCUGAACCCCGGCGGCUCGGAUCCUGCUGAGAGACAGUAACACACGUCACUCUUAUCUGCCCUCGGAGCUCCGGACAGCCGAGUUCACUCAGAGACAGCCGCGGAUGCUGGUUUGUGAUUGCUUGUGUUCAAUAAUAAAGUUGUGAGUUCUUCAUA